UGUUCGCAUUCGUCUGUUUUCAAUCUCACAAGGGAUGAGCAAAUAAACAAAAACUAAGUCGUGAACAAGAACAUCAAAUCUAUCUCUCAAAGAAAAACAAAAACACAUCAAAGGGAGUUCAUACAAUUUCUUCAACAUAAAACAAAGGUUUUGCAUUCAGUAUAAUUCUAGCAGUCAUUAGAGUUGGUUGGUUGCUGUCGUUUUGGGUGCGCAACGUUGCGAGGAAGGUACUAAAUGACUGCUGAAGCCCUUGAAGUAGUUGGAAGCAACAAUCCAACGGCACCAUUGACCGAUGAUGCGAUUAAAAACGUUUCUGCAUCAUCACUUUCAGAACUUUAUGGACAGACAGAUUUCUAUAUUGGUGUUGGCCUUGCCAUAAGUUCUUGUUUUUUUAUUGGUUCGAGUUUUAUUAUAAAAAAGAAAGCUUUACUUCGUAUUAAUCGUCAUGGUGAAGUAAGAGCAUCUGCCGGAGGUUUUGGUUAUCUGAAGGAAUGGAUAUGGUGGGCUGGAUUAUUGACAAUGGGCCUUGGAGAGGCAGCAAACUUUGCUGCUUAUGCAUUUGCACCCGCAUCAUUGGUCACACCGUUGGGUGCAUUAAGUGUUAUUGUAUCAGCAGUGAUGGCCUCUCAGUUCCUAAAUGAAAAACUUAAUCUACUCGGAAAGCUGGGAUGUUUUCUGUGCAUAGUGGGAUCUACAAUUGUCGUGCUACACUCGCCAAAAGAAAAGGAAAUUGAAGAUUUAGAUGUACUCUUUGAAAAACUGCAAGAUCCCGGUUUUAUAUUCUAUGUCAUUCUUAUAAUAGGCUCUACAUUCUUUGUGGCAUUCUUUGUAGCACCAAGACAUGGCCAUAACAAUGUGGUCGUCUACAUCUUCCUUUGUUCCGGCAUUGGCUCGCUCACAGUUAUGUCCUGCAAAGCAUUGGGUUUGGCCAUUCGUGAUACCAUAAGCGGUAGAAAUGACUUCGCAACAUGGAUGCCUUGGUUUUUAAUCAUAGUAACUGUUACCUUCAUAGCGAUACAAAUGAAUUAUUUAAACAAAGCUUUGGAUAUAUUUAAUACGGGCAUAGUAACACCCAUUUACUAUGUUAUGUUUACCACUCUAGUAAUAACAGCAUCGGCAAUUCUUUUCAGAGAAUUCACCCAUAUGCGUUUCGAGGACAUAUUGGGCGAUAUAUGUGGUUUCUUAGUUGUAAUAAGUGCAGUAUUUAUGCUUAAUGCAUUUAAAGACUUGGACAUUUCACUUAAUGAUGUCCGUGGUAUAAUGCGUCCCAAGAUGCAAAAACUAAAUCAAUACGAUGAUGAAGUAAUGAUAGAGCCUCUUCCAAAAGAACGCCGCUUUACCUAUGGGUCAGCCGGUGACAUUUAUCGCAAGGCAUGACACAAACAACGUUAUCAGGUGUAAUUUUGUUUUGUUUUAUUUUAGAACUUGCCUAUCCUCUUCUAUCUCAUAUCUUAUUGUUAUUGUUUAUUUUUUUUGUUAAAAAAAGACUCAUGUGAUUUAGAGUACGUAUCAAUGUGUCAUCGGUUAUCAUGUACAAUGAAAUUCAUUACGAGUAUAUAUGUAUGUUUAAGCACAUUGUCCAAAGCCCCACGGUUAUUUAUUCCCUAACUAGUUAUAUAAGGUUAAUUGGUAAAAUGUACUAAUUAUUGAAAAAGAACAAAUAUUUUUAUGAGAAUAAAGACUAAAAAAGUCUAUAAACUUA